AUGGUUAGAAUAAAUCGGCAAGGUAAAUUCCAGCAAGUUUUAGGACUGGAUGCGAGCAGGCAGCUAGGACUCGUGCCAGUAUGGUAUAUCGAACUACCCGCGACCGAACUAAGCGGUAUGCUUGCUAAACUUAAAGAGUCGUUACCUGCAGAACCCUUUGAUCUGGCCCACAUUCGACGUAUUGUGAAGUUGGAAACUUCAGAGGACAAAGGUAUACUGUUAAGAUUGCUGGUUUGUAGUCAGGGCCUGGUUCCUGAAAGCACCGUGCAGGAGUUAGUUGGUUCGCACAAGCUGCACUCGGCUCGAGUAUCAAAAUACCAGGCCGAUACAAAAGAAGAAUCGGCCCAAUGGAGCCAAGAAUCGGGCUGGCCAAUUUCGUGGCGAGGAAACCCUGCAGCAGUGCUACCAGUGUUGUCCCCAGAGACUCAAAAGCAGAUGGAGGAGUGGGUGGAGAGAAUCGCCAAGAGUGACAGAGUUCGAGCGCUGGUCGUGAACCCUAUAACUAACGAGCUGCUUGCAGAUGAGUGUGAACAGAAAACGACCCAUCCGUUGAACCAUGCAGUGAUGCGGGCCAUCCAAGCGGUUGCCGAGCGAGAGCGUCAAGCUAAACGCGGGAAUCCCGAGUCAGAGAACUAUUUAUGUCUUGAUAUGGACGUGUACACUACAGACGAGCCUUGCACUAUGUGCAGCAUGGCUCUUGUCCAUUCGCGAAUUGGGCGUCUAAUCUACAUUCGACAGUCGACGGUGUCGGGGGCUAUAGAUCCACGCAGCCAACUAAGCUAUGGUCUCCACGGCCGCCCUCAGUUGAAUCAUACAUUCCAAGUUUGGCAAUACCACUUGGAGGGUUGA